AUGCAAAAGCUCCUGUUGCCACAGCUGCUACUUUUGGAAGAAGCCUGUGAAGAGGCCCGUAAGAGUGGAACAGCCUUGAAUGAUGAGCUGCGCAGUGCCAUCCUUUUGCGCUGCAUUGGUGGCAAAGUGGUCCCAGUGGAUAGCCCCGACAACGAGGCCAAGCCCAUGGAGAUUGAUCGAGUUGAAGGCCGUGGUGGUUGGAAGAAGGGAAAGGGCCUAAAGGGCCAAAGUCUUUCUCCAAAGGCAAAGAACAAAGACGCCUUCAUGGCUUUCGCCAGGACGUUCUACAACCUGGUCAAGGCGCUGAUUCAAGUAGGCUCCAUUGAACCAUCAGCCUUCUAUGACGCUGAUGGUGCAGCUGUGAUCGAGAAGGCCAGGGAAGAAAAGCAAGAAAAAUUGGAGAACCAACAAAUGAGUCUUUUUGACCGACCUGGCAUUGCAGUUGAGGAGGAGCUGGUUCAAGUUUCUGGUGAAAGAACUUUUCCAAAUCCAACCAACAUCUGGGGUGAUGAUGAUGAUGACGGCCCGGUGCAACCCAGUGGUUCAGGUGGUGCUCAUCCUGUUGUUCAAGGUGAGGUUCAGUUGGUUGACGAUGGGACUGGUGAAGAAGUCCCCAAUCCAAGUUUGGAUGCACCUACAACACCCAUACAUCUUUUGGAAGCACCUUCUACUCCUACUUCACCAAGGAGAGAUUCAACAGUCAGAAUGCAUGAGAAUGAAACCGAGGAGGAGCAAUCACAGAAACGCCCCAAAAUGGAAUCUGCCAAGAAAGCCAGACUUUCCAUGCUGACAGAGGAGCGCAAUACAAUGGUACGUGUUGUCAAGUUUGCAGAGGAGGAAUAUUGCACGAUGGACAGCUAUGAUGAUGACCCUCAAAUGGAUGACCACAUGGACCAUGAAGAUCCAUGGAAUGAAGAAGGCACCAAGGUGCUUAGUUCAAAGAGACUGCGUUUGCUACUACAUCAGCUUGGUGUCUUUUUGAGGUUUGGAGAUGAACGUGUGGGGCAGGAGGAGUUCCAAGAAACUUCACAAGGUGCUGGGGGGAAAGAUGUGGUGCAGCUGGCAAGAGUUGUUGCCAGAGUGAUCGCAACUAUGGGCCUUGGGCCAACAGGCGCUAUGGGUCAGCCAGUGUGUUUGGCAGACUCUUCUCCUUCAACUGAGAAGUGGUGGUUCAAAGUUGGUGUGAUGCUUUUGGUUUUCAUCUUGAUGGCAUUUGCAAUUGGAUGUUUCGUGGUGCGCCGCUAUGUGAAGAAACUGCUGCAUGAUCUUUACCAUCCCAGUGUUCAGGUUGCAGAAGCCGAUGCAACAAUUGGUGAUCACAUGGUUGCAGUUCCACAACUUCGAAAUGAAAUCCAUGGUUUGCGUUUACAGUUGGAUGAUGUGAGUCAGCGUUGUGCCAUGCUGACAACCCAGUUUGCUCAACAAGCGGUGGACAUGGAAGCUUUGAGUGAUCGCCAAGAUGGUCUACACUUUGGCUUGGUGGAAGUGGGCGGCUAUGUGAGGACGCAAUUGGAUCAGGCACUUGCGUCUGAAUCUUGGGAAGAUGCUGCAGAGCCUCAGCAUACGAUUCUGAUCCUGUUGGAUCGAUUGCAAACCCAGGAUUUGAGAGAUCGAAAUGUCAUGCGUGAAACCUUCAGCCGCAUGGCUGACCGUAUGGAAAAUCUAUCUCGACGUGUUCGUCGCCGAGGAAAUGGAGUCCUAGCAGACCAAUACAUGGACUAUGCAAUGAGCUACAGGAAUUCAAUCUGA